CAAUCGUCUUCAGGAGAAUAAUUAUGUACACCACGGACGGAAUACAGCAAUGCUAUAAAUACACCAAUCUUGAACAUUUGAUUGACGGGUCACUGCUAUCUUGUCACACUACACUACUUUUGUACUAAACUAAAGGCAACUUUCAUUGUCUGAGAUUAGAUUAUGACUAUAGCCAAAUAAGGACACUUUAACACGACUUCGGUAGUGUCGAACGUAAUAUACGAAUACAAGCUAAUUCCACUUUGAUUUGCUAUUCAAAUGGAUUCAACUUUAAGUACAGAGAGAUACGCUGCCUCGUUUCUUGAGUUUCGGCGAAUGUCGGACCAAAGCGAACGUAUGAAGUACUGGCUAAAACACAAGCUGGAAGCAUUCAUGGAAAACGACAAGCUGACUAGCGUAGAUGAGUGUCGUAUUCUUGGAGUCGGUAGUGGUGUUGGGGCAAUCGACUGUUUCAUUCUUGAAAACAUUAGAAGAAAACACGAUAACAUUUUCGUCCGUGUCCUGGAACCAAAUGUUGUUGAAAUGGAGCAUUUUAAGAACCACGUUCGUUCCAAUAAACUCUACGACAUGGUAAAAUUUGACUGGAGACUUCAAGACGCUUUAAAAUAUCUCAAGAAUCCUCCGGACAAACUAUUUCACAUCAUACACCUAUUCCAUGUACUAUAUUAUUUUGACGAAAGUGAGAUUGAUGACGUCAUUCAACGAUGUUAUAAUCAAUUGGAAAAUGGUGGCCAUCUACUAAUCAUUCAAGGAUCAUCAUCCAAUACGGCGCUGUGCAUUCGAAAAGCAUUUUGUAAUGAGCUGAAUCUGAAGGGGAAGCUAAACUCAAUUCCGGGUGAAGAUCUGCUGUAUAAAAUCAACGCACUUGGCUACGCGUACGAUAGCAACGACAUCCGGGCAUCUCUAGACGUCAGCAUAUGCCUUGACCUCAACUCAGAGACUGGGAGCCUUCUUUGGGACUUUAUAACUAGUGUGCAAAAGUUUCUUGAAAGCUCACCUAAAAUACUGGUUUGCAAAAUGACAGAAACACUAAAAGCAAUGGGAUUUAUGUAUGAUGGUCGAACAUUUAUUCACGUUGAUUCUCUUGGAAUAAGCAUACAGAAAUCACUUUCGUCAUAGUUUAAAACCAUAUGAAUCAUUAAAAGACGUUACCUUUUCACCGUUCAUUUACCCACGUAAAGUGACAGCCUGCCUGCAUAAACAUCACUCACUCGUAUGAUACUUUACCAAUGAAGUUAAAUGAAGCUCGUCAAAAUAAUUUCCGUUGUUUUUUUUUUCUUGAUGUAUGCUAUAAUUUAAAAGUCGUUUUUAGUAUGAUAAAGAAGUUUAUCAUACACAUAUAUAAAUAGACUUUUAAAGUCCAUCACCGCUACAUGUCAUAUUGCGACACCAAUUAAACCUAUAGUCUGGAAUUUUGCAAACAUGAAGAAUUCUUUCGAUUUUUCUGUCACUGGAAGAUAUAAAUGAGUAAUUGUACUUUUAAAUUAAAUUGUCUAAGUGUUUUCAGUAUUUUAUCACGGACAGUUAUAUAUGUAGUAAUAUACUAUUCAUUGAUGUAAAAUAAAAAAUAUGUCCAGUUUGUAACAUGGCGUUAUUUGAAGACAGGGAUGUUUUCGGCGGGAGGUACACUUCUCGCUAUUUCAACCAUUGUUCCGAGGAAAAUCGCAUACCGGUACUCAAUAAGAGGUGUGGUAUAUGUUAUUUGUCAUCUAGGCUAAUUAAUUUCUACAAUUGCUUGAAUUGUAAAUGAACACAGCAGCAAGUGGCAAGGUAUUUCAGUAAUCGUUGAAAUAAUCUGAUUUAAGGUUUAUAUUCUAUGCCUUUAAUCGCAUUAAAACAAAUUCACACGAAUGACAAAUCUA